UGCAGUCCUCUGACUGUCUGCCUAAGUUCACCAGCCAAAGACCAUCCAACCUGCACCUGCCCACUACCAAGGGCAGAAGGAGCCUCCCUAUGAGUUGGAACGGAUCAAACAACGCCACACUCCCCAGCCAAAGACUACCACCUUCUCCACUGAGGUCCAGAGAGCCAAGUCAGGAUCCAUCACUCCCAUCCAUCCAUGCCUCUGGGUUGUCCCCCGUCAGACGGCCUUCCUCCCAACCCUCACUGGAGAGAUCAGCCACCAUGCUUCCAGGCAUUGGCCAACCCAUGGAUGCCAAGCCCCCCCUCUGCCUUCAGCCCCAGUCUCUACCAGCACUCUCCCUCCCCCAUCAGGGGACUCCCCUGCUCCUCUCCCACCCCUUCUGCCUUGACCAAGUCCCUGGCUGCCUCCUGCAUCAGCCAGUCCAUCAGCCAGAGUCUUGCCAAGAAGAACACUCGCCUCCAGGACCAUGCCACCCCUCACCCAAACAGUACAGCCCCUCUGGCUCCCGCUCCCACUGCAUCCCCACUGAGGAUGAGGUCUCCCUCCCACAAACUCACCUCUGGCCCGAGUGGCCCCCCUCUGAGUCCUGGCUAUGCCCAUGCUUCCUACACCAGAGAUGGGAGCCAGCCACCUAAGUGUCCCCCUUCCCCUCUCCGGUCUACUUCAGUCCGCUCCAGCCCAUGCGCAUCCCCAGCCCCAGCCCUGUCCCCCCCACCGUAUCGCAGCCAGCACUCAGUCUCCCCAGCCCCCCCAGUCAGCCUGCAUCACACCGCCUUUUCCUCUGCCUCUCCACGGCCCAGGCCUGCUGUCCUACACCAGCCACGCCAUAUUGGUUUGAAUGGAAACAGUAACAACAAUAAUAACAAUAACACCACUAACGGAGGAUGGGUCGUGAAUCACCGGAAGCCACCGUUAGCGAGUGCCAAUAGUAUACCCCAUCCCCAUGAUCCUCUUUGGAGUGGUUCUGCUCACACUCUUAACAGGGUGGCAAGGCCCUUCUCUGUCUCGGAGCCCAGCUCACGAGUGCAGUCCCCGUCCCCUUCUCCCUCCCCAUCUCCAUUCAGCAGGAUCUGCUCUCCUCCCCCAGUCCAGAAUCAUACAGGCCCCCUGAUGAACAAGCCCCCAACCCUAGAAGCACCCGGGCAGGAGGGGCUUGCCCCUUCAAUCACCUGGGCCUCUCCCUGGAGCCCCCAGGGCCUCCUCAGCCUGCUCCUCAGGCAUAACCUCCCCCUCCGCCCAUUGGGGUUCCUGCCAAUAGCAGGAGUCUGGGUUGAUAAGCCCCCGAGGGGGAUCCUGCUCCUACAGUGGCUCCCCAUCCUGCAUCAGCCCCGGGGCCUUGUCCCCUGUCAGACUGGCCCUGGGAAGAGCACCCACGGCGAGCAACACUUCACCAGCAUUGCCUGGCCCGACGUGCGAGAACUCCUGACCAAGUAUGACAGUGGGGACAGCCCUGACCAGAGUGCUCCAACCUCCCCUGUCUGGCCUCAGGAUGAAUGGGGUGACCCAGACCUUGGGGAGGACAGUUGCCGGAGCCACCUGAUCUGUGCCUAUGUGCCUCGGGCCUCCCCAGCCCCAGACACGGGUGCGCCCAUCCAGUACCCUCACAGGAGUGAGCCAAAGCCAGAGGACGCCUCCUCAAUGCAGGCAGCCAGAAGGACUCUAAAGACUAGCUAUGCUACCACUGUGAACCUGCAGAUUGCUGGCAGUGGACGUAUCACUUCCUUCAGCAACACCCAGGUGAGCCUGAACCAGACCUUAUCCCCCGUGGUAGACAGCCAGGGCAGACGGAGGGUCAGCAUCAAUGCCUGCAACUUUACCCUUCCCGUUCACCAGAACUGCAAGAGGCUGUGA